UUGUCCUUUCAGGGAUUCCGUAGCGGCUUAAUACCAAUGUGCAAACAUGGCGGACAUUGAGCGUUUAGGCGAUGGUUCGGGAUAUUGUGCACUAAAUUUCCAGUUUUAGUUAUUUUUCUGUAAACGACAACAAUCGUUGACUUGUAUGUCGACUGACGUAUUUCUUUUUGCUUGAUUUAAUCGAUGUUACUCUCGUCGUGAACAGAAACAACACAUUCUAUCAACUUGCCGCCGGUAAACGCACUGGAAUCUGCUCGACUAAAUCAGACUGACAGGACAUUAAAACUCUUCAGCUCUCAUAUUUACUCUUAUUUAAUAACUUCCAACGAGUUUAACAUUUGCACAUCUAGUUCACGCCUUAGUUUCAGUCACUAUAACAUGACUUUGAGUUGAACAGUUGGGUUCAUUCAGCAGUAACAGGUGGAUAUUGACAAUCCACUGAUUCAUUGUAGAUGUUACUCUAACGUUUGCACUAAUAUCUAUAGAAACAGUUUAGUUUUAGAUUGACCUCAAAUUCACCCUACAACAUGCAGUUCUUACAUCCUUUUUGCUGAAUAGUUAUGUCGCGAAUAAUUGUUUCUGUUGUGACCUAUAAAUUGCAAGUUUUUCUGCUGUUGUGUGAGUUUUUACACUGCAACGAUGUGCAAGCUGCUCAAGUAUUGCUUGAGCCACUUCCUUUACGCUGCUAUGACCCGGCUAGACGAAGCCAACAAAGGGGUCAACAUGUGGUCGUCCAUUCGGUACCUCGGUUACCUGUCCAGCCUGAACUCCCUGGUGGCCAUUUGCCUGGGAAUUUACAUACAAUGGGAGAAAACCGCAGACACUAUCAUCUUGGUCAUUUUCAUUUUGGGCCUCUUUGUUCUUGGGAUUGCCUGCAUUCUCCAUUAUUACUUCGGCAUGGAGAACGUCAGCCUCUUUCUGCUGCAUCUGGGGUUUGGUUUCCUUCUGGGUUUGCUGUGCUUCGUCAGCGUCCCGUCCAAAGAGCUCGAUGUUAAGGAGCAGGUGGCCAACUGUAUGUUAAUAGCAAGCAUUGUGAUACGAAUCCUAUGGGCUUUGGUUGGAAGAAUGUGCGGUUAUACCCGACUUCAACCCACUUUCCUCACUUCAAGGGAAGCAUUGGAGCUCACAGGCUUUGCUGUGGCCAGCACAACCAUGGUCAGCCAAAAAUCCAUAAGCCUUGGGGUCCUGACACUGGCUUUGGCCGCUCUAAUCGUGGAUUUGCGCAUGAAGUCCUUCUUGGCGAUCCCAAACCUGGUCUGCUUCUCGUUUGUGGCUGCGUUCUUCUUCCAGGAGUCUUUAGGAGUGUCCACCAACCCCUUCGCCUUGUCUUGCUUCUUCAGCCGCCUCGUCUGCGACCCAUUCCUAGACGUUUACUUCAGCGGACUUUCGGUCACCGAACGCUGGUCGCCGCUCCUACUGAGAGGAGGCCUGUGGAGGCGUUUGAUGCUUCUUCCUCUGGUGGUCAUGGAGGGGAUGUUUUUAGUCGUGGCCGCUCUGAAGAUGAGAGAUCUGGAUCGGUGGUACCUGCUCAUUCCGGGUCUUUCAGGAUCUGCUGUUUUCUGGAUCAUCUGCCACCUGGUUUUUCUCAUCACGCUGUGGGGUUUUCACAACAAGCUGAGUGACUGUCAGAGGAUGUGUAUGGUGCACACAUCACAGGCUGGAGAGCUGGACAGGGUCAUGGCGUCUAAGGGGAUGCGGCACUUCUGUCUCAUAUCAAAACGCCUGGUGAUCUUCAGCCUGAUGUCCACCAUCAUACUCGGGGCUCUGGGUUGGCAGCCAUCCAACAGUCUGUUUAUUGCCUUGUUUCUGCUGGUGCUGCCUCUCGAGUCACUAGCCCAUGGCCUCUUCUAUGAGCUGGGAAACAGCCUCGGAGGCACCUGUGUCGGCUACGCUGUGGUGAUUCCUACCAACUAUUGCAGCCCAGAUGGUCAGCCCACUCUGCUGCCCCCGGCGCAUGUGCAGGAGCUCAACUUGCGUUCCACAGGGAUGCUUAACAACGUGCAGCGCUUCUUCUCUCAUCACAUGAUCGAGACCUACGGUUGCGAUUACUCCACGAGCGGCUUGAGUCUGGAAGCCCUGCAAGCCAAGCUGCGCAUAUUCAUGGAGGCGCACACGGCUGACGGCCCACGACACGACACCUACGUGCUCUAUUACAGCGGACACACCCACCGCAGCGGAGAGUGGGCUCUAGCAGGAGGAGAUGUUUUACGUCUAGAUGAGAUUGUGCAGCUCUGGAGAGAAAAGAACGCCGGAUUCUGUUCCCGUCUCAUCAUUAUUCUCGACACCGAUAACUCGCCCCCCUGGGUGAAGGAGGUGCAGAAAAUAGAGGGACUUUAUGUAGCAGUUCAAGGGGCAGUGCUUUCUAGUCCCACAGACCUGGAGGUCCAGGACGCACCCCAGCUCGGGGACUUCACCUGUCAAUGGGUUGAUUUUAACUGUAACCCUGACAGCAUAGUUGGGUGGUCUGAGCGUGGGCGGCCCGUCCGAGCAGCCUACGGCAUCUCUAGACACUGGAGCGACUACAAGCUUCACCUGCCCACUGAAAGUGACGUCACCAGGCACUGGAGACUCUACUUCCCACGCCUGACCUACCCUGUGGUUCAGCUCGCCCACUGGUGCGGCGGGUUGAACCUCUUUUGGGUUUGCGGAUACUGCAUUCGGUUGCUCCGAAGGAUCAAACUUACAUGGUUCCCACCUGCAGUGCUGGAUACAGGCCAAGGUUUCAAGCUGGUUAAAUCGUAGAACAGGACCCUAUAGUGUGACGAUGCUGUAAGCAGCUGCCGGUGUAUCUGGACAUCAUGUACGGCUGCUUUAAGUUGAAUUGAGCAGCACAGCAAUUUAUAAAAUCUCAGGUGUUUGUUUGUGAUGGAAAAAAUAGCUACAAAUGGGCCAACUUGCUUACAAGAAUGUCAUAUUGGUCUCUACACAAAUUCAUUACUCAGCAAG